AUGAGGACCCUCGCCAUCCUUGCUGCCAUUCUCCUGUUCGCCCAGGCCCAGGCUGAGUCACUCCAGGAAAGAGAGCUGAUGAGGCUGCAACCCAGAGCAGCCUGGGGAAGACGACCAGACCUUGCUGUCUCCUUUGAAGAAAAUGGACUCUCUACUCUUAGAGCCUCAGGUUCUCAGGCAAGACGCACCUGCUAUUGCCGAAACAAGCGUUGUUUUACCCCUGAGUUCCAUGCCGGGAAGUGCAAAGUCGAGGGCGGCACCUACAAACUCUGCUGUCGCUGAGCUUCCUAGAUAGAAACCAAAGCAGUACAAGAUUCAAUCCAAGGUCCUGAAGAAAGAAAAACAUUUCACCCUGUGUACCUUGUGUCUUUCUAAAUUUUUCUCUCCAAAAUAAAGUUCAAGCAUUAAACUUA